AUGAAGCGGAAGGCGACCGACGAACUGUUGGCAGACCGGCCACUACCGCCAAGUAGCGAACUACACGGCAAGAUGAAAGACAUGCAGGCCCCGGCGGAGAACGAGCCAUCGGCUACCGACGUUGACCUCGAGUCCCAGGACGGCGACAGGGCAUCCUCCGAAGCACACACAACACCGGUGACCACGGCCCUGUCGACAUCCUCUCGCCGCUUUCCCUCCGACCUCAAGACGAUCCCUUGCACCUGGCCCAACUGCCCCAAGACCUUCAACCGGCCUGCGCGCCUCACCGCCCACCUCCGCUCGCACACCAACGACCGCCCUUUUAAAUGCACCCAGUGCCCCAAGACAUACCUCGAAGAAAAGCACCUGCGGCAGCACAUCAAGGGCUCGCACAGCCAGGAGCGGCAGUAUUUCUGCUCCGAGUGUGACAAGGCGUUUCUGACGGCGACACGCUUGCGCCGCCACGCCGCCGUGCACGAGGGCCAGGAACGGUUCCGUUGCCGAGGCUACGACGGCUGCACGCGCACCUUUCGGAAGCAUCAGACGCUCCAGCGCCACAUCCGCGUGGACCACCUACACCAGCCUGCGUUCGUCUGCACGCACGAGAUUACGACCCCUGGCGUGGGCGGUGCAUCCGGUGCCAAGAAGCCGUGCAAAGCUGUCUUUGAGAGUGCGGGCGCGCUGCGUCGCCACGUGGAACGCGACCACACGGCGCCCAAGUUCUGGUGCGAGGAAUGCGGGAGGGCCAAUGCCUCCCCCUCCGGGCAAGGAGGCGGCAUCGGCUUCGCGACCCGCGCACUUCUGGAGGCUCAUAUGCGCCACGCACAUGUCAACUGCCCCUUUUGUGACGUGCGGUGCGGAGGCCCGGCGGACCUGCACAAGCACAUCGAUAUGCACCACUCAGGCAAGAGCGUCGCUGAUCGCAAGACAAUUGCGUGCCCGCACCCCGGGUGCAAGAAGACGUUUACGCGGCGGGCGAACCUCAACGUGCACAUCCGCGCAGUGCACGAGGGCCUACGGUUUGUCUGCGGCGACGAUGCCGAUGCGGCCAGCACACCUACUGCCCAAGGCACGGGGACUGAACGGAAGGCCUUCAACGGCUGGACCGACCCCGCUUUGAUUUCUUGGGGAGCGCGUGGCGAAGGCUGCGGCCGGGGCUUUGUGUCCAAGAUGAAGCUCGAGGAGCAUAUUCGCUACGUGCAUCUGCGGCACGAACGGCCUGGGCCGGUUAUCGUCGUCGAUGCCGAUCCGCUGGCUGCAUCGUCCGCGGCCGCCAGCAGCACGCCUACGGUUUCGCCAUCACCUACGCCGACCCAGCGUCUCGGAGGUGCGACUGCUGGUGGAAACGACGACCUGGCAACACCCUCGGCGGAUGUACUCAUCGAUGCACUGCUGGGCACGAACCGGACCCUCGUCUGCACGCUGCCCGGUUGCGACGCGCGGUUUGUCCGCCACCACGAUCUCAACGUGCACCUCCAGCGGGACCAUACCCCUGCGACGGUGGGGGGCGCUGUCGACGUUGAAAAUGUUGACGAUGACAACGACUUCAACCCAGAUGAGUUCUGGAUCGGCGGCGGCGACCACAUGAACGGCGAUGGCGCGGAUGUCGGCGCACUGGUGCCCCGUGACGACGACAUGUUUGGGACCUACAUGACUAUGGACAACAUUGACUUGAGGUUGGCUGCACAAGCAGACCACAACGACAGCAUGCUGCCUUCACAGGUGCUCAUUAGCAACAAUGAUCCCCAAUGGCAUAUGGAUGAGGGCGAGAUGCGGCGGCUGAUUGGCAGCGAUGAUGCCAACGACGGAAACGGGGGAAACGGUGGUAGUUCGGGUACCAGUGCCAACAUGAACUUUCUCGACCCGAAUCUGUUCUUAUAG